CUGUCGCGUGCGCCGCUGGUGGUCACGUGGUGUUGGACUUCCGGUGCCGGAUCUGAGGGGAUUGUGCAGCUCCGCUUUGAAAUAAAGGACAAAACGUUUAUUAAACUUUUAUAAACGAUCACAGUUUGUGGCUUUACUCCCUGUCCUGUAGGAAUAUGUGUGAGAGACUCUGAGAGCUCUCCCCGAUGGGCGGCUGGUCCCGCGGCGCCGUGCUGGAGCUGUACCGAGCGCUGCUCCGUGCAGGGCGCCACCUGCAGUACACCGACCGCAACUACUACAGACGUGUCAUUGCCCGCGAGUUCAGACACUGCCAGUCUCUCAGCGAGCCUCAAGAGAAAGAGGAAGCGCUGAAGAGGGGACAGUUCUUCCUCAACAGCUCUCUGGGAGGACUCGUCUAG